AUGCCACGUAAAACGACCAAAAGCGUCAACGCCUCAGCGCCCCGUAGCACGUCCAAGCGCCCUGCACCGGAGACCCGUGCGAGGGAGUCCAAAAGAGCAAGGGCGACGGCAAGGAAAUCCUACGUCGAGCCAGAAACCGACACGGACGACAGUGGAGAUGGGGCGAAGAAAGGCGUGCAGCCCGACGAAACUGAAGACAAUGGCGAAGCCUCCGACUACGAGGAACAUGUUGACAAGGACGCAUCCUCGGAAUCUGAACGCGACGAAAAUGCCAGCGACGAAGAUAGCGAGACCGAACAAGUGAAACCCAAAGGCUCUGCUGUGAAGAAAAUACCCAUUUACAAAAAGCACGCGGAUGAGAAAGAGUUAUGGAAGCCUGGUGCCAAGCUUGAGCCAGGGACUCAGCUGGUUAUCAAAAAGCCGAAAGCUCGUGAUGCAGGCGACACGCCGUAUCUGGAUCAUACCAUCCAUCCGAACACGAUGUUGUUUCUCAAAGACCUGGCGGCCAACAAUGACCGACAAUGGCUGAAGCUACACGACCCUGACUUCCGGGCUUCGUUUCAAGAUUUCACUACAUUCACUGAAAAGGUAUCUGAAAAGAUCAUUGAGGCAGAUGAGACUAUUCCAGAGUUGCCAGUAAAGGAUGUGACCUAUUUCUCGGCCGCCUGGUCAAGGACCGGUCGCAAGGGACCAUAUGCACACUACUAUAUUCAGGUGCAACCAAACGGCGGAAGCUUUGUAGGUGGCGGGUUCUGGCAGCCAGAUGCAGCUACCCUUGCGAAACUCCGACGGGACAUUGAUCGUAAACCGCAUAAGAUCAAAACCAUGCUAAGGAAUGCUGGCAUCCGGAAGCACUUUCUCGGUGGCGUCGCGGAUGACGACAAAAAGGUGGUAAAGGCAUUUACGAACAUACCGAUGAACAAGUCAAACGCUUUGAAGCGGAACCCCAAAGGAUAUGACCAUGACCACAAAGACAUUGACCUCCUGCGGCUCCGCAAUUUCACCGUCGGGCGAAAGCUCGAGGAUGACAAAGUGGUGGGUACAGGCGGACUGAGUCGAAUUGCUGAGCUCGUACUCUGUUUGGAGCCGUUCAUCACAUAUCUCAACAGCGUGGUGAUGCCAGACGAGGACACGUCAGGCUCGUCGAGCGGCGAAGACGACGAAAGCGACGCGGAGCGUGACAAAGACAGCGGCGACGAUGCAGAGGCGUGA